AUGUCUGAACGGGAAGAACGGCGCUUUGUGGAAAUCCCGCGAGAGUCGAUCCGGCUGAUGGCCGAAAGUGCGGGUGUGGAGCUGACCGAUGAGGUGGCCGCUCUGCUGGCUGAAGACGUCUGCUACCGUCUGCGAGAAGCAACCCAGAACAGUUCCCAGUUCAUGAAACACACCAAACGGCGGAAGCUGAUGGUGGAAGAUUUCAACCGGGCUCUCCGAUGGAGCAACGUGGAAGUGGUGUGUGGCCAUGGCUCAGCGGACCCCCUUCCCUUCCGAGCCAUUAAGGAAGGAGAACUCUUCUUCCAGGAAGACCGCGAAGUCAACCUGGUGGAGCUGGCGCUGGCCACCAGCACCCCCAAGGGCUGUGCGGAGACAGCCGUGAGAGUUCACGUCUCUUACCUGGACGGGAAGGGCAACCUUGAGGCUCAAGGCUCAGUGCCCAGUGCCGUCUCCGUGCUGACAGACGACCUGUUGAAGUACUACCAGCAUGUGACUCGAGCUGUACUGGGCGAUGACCCUCAGCUGAUGAAGGUUGCUCUCCAGGAUUUACAGACCAAUUCAAAGAUUGCGGCUCUCCUCCCUUACUUUGUCUACAUCGUGAGUGGGGUCAAGUCGGUGAGCCACGACCUGGAGCAACUCAACCGCCUUCUGCAUAUGGCCAAGAGCCUCAUCCAGAACCCCUACUUGUGCCUGGGGUCUUACGUCAAAAGCCUCAUUGCCAGCGUCAUGUACUGCGUCCUGGAGCCUUUGGCAGCCUCCAUCAACCCCCUGAACGACCACUGGACCCUGCGCGACUACGCAGCUCUCCUCCUGGGCCAGAUCUUCCGGACCCACGGGGAUCUGGUGAGCAGCUUGUACCAUCAGAUCCUCCUCACCCUCCAGAAGGUGCUGGCUGACCCCGUCCGCCCCCUCUGCUCACACUAUGGGGCCGUGGUGGGGCUGCAUGCCUUGGGGUGGGAGGCGGUGCAGCGGGUCCUCUAUCCCCACCUCUCGACCUACUGGUCCAACCUGCAGGUGGUGCUGGACGAUUAUUCGGUGUCCAACGCUCAGGUCAAGGCUGAUGGACACAAGGUCUACGGGGCCAUCCUGGUGAGUCUGUCCGGCACGGGGGCAACUCCAGCCAGAGGGUGA